AUGCUCCGGCGCCCUUCCAGAGUUUUGGACCUUCUCCUCUCCGCCGGCUUUUCGUUGUCAGGCAGCGAACCGUCAGCAGCGUGCCACGCAACAUACGCGGUCACCCAUGUUUCACCGGGGCACAUGGAAGUCUUCCCCGAUUCCAGCUUCUUCAAGGAGCGGAGAGCGAGCACUCUCCCGUCGCCAGCAAGCAUCCGAGCCGCCAACGUCGCAUCGGGCCACCUGCGCGCCUCGUACUUUGUUCGGCCGCCGCCCGUCAUAUUCCCGUCUUUGGGGCUGUUUGUCAAAUACGGAGCAAACGUCAGAAUUGCGGAAGCGUAUACGCAGAGGAUGCUAGCAGAACGGCUAAGCGGCAUAGUACCUGUCCCAGAAGUCUUUGCUUGGACCGAAGAUCAAGGCCAGGGAUUUAUAUACAUGCAACUGAUCGACGGCCAGCCACUACAGGACAAAUGGCCAGGCAUGAGCGACACGGAGCGGCGAUCUGUCUGCUCGGAAUUGAAGACGAUGGUUAGCGCGUGGCGGGGCCUGACCCAAGAUGGCGAGGAGCCCUUCAUCGGCAGCAUUGGCGAACGACCGCUCAACGACAUUUUCCUGGAGCACCGCCCUGAGCUCACCGGCCCUUUCAAAGGCAUCAAUGCCGUGCAAUCCUUCCAAGAAGCUUGCAAUAUCGCAAUCAGCCCGCCGAGCCCCAUCGUCUUCACCCAUGCGGACUUGGUGGCGGUAAAUAUUAUCCUCUCUCAUGGGGCGAACCCAAAGGUCGCUGCCGUGAUCGACUGGGAGCAGUCCGGUUGGUAUCCGGCGUAUUGGGAAUACUGCAAGGCGCAUCACAUAAGACUGAGAUCCACGGACUUCAGCGAUGUCCUGCAAGACGAAUGGCAGGAGAAAUACCUCCCGAUGAUUCUGGACCCCGUGGACGACGCGUCCUGUUAUCACCCCUGGAUCUAUUUCGUCAUGACAAAAGGCAUCUGACGAGGCUUGGGUACAUGCUCAAGACAGCGAAGGCAGUGCAGCGGUCUGCUUCUCGGUUGCUGGUAGAACGAAAAAGUCAACAAGGAGCUCCCCAGCUUGAGCUCGAAUUGUCCGUUCAUGUAUAAGAUUUGCUUGGGCGGACGACGUUACUAUCUCACUAGCCCCGACAAACACCCAAUUUCCAUCCGACUUUGCAUAACGGCCUGUUCCUCUCGUCAUGUCGCAGCACUGAAUCUAGAGUCACUGGCCAACAGCCACAUUAUGCAGGAUGCACUGAAUUAUGCAGAAUCUUUUGAUGGGC